GCAGUUUGCAUUUGGAAUAAUGUUAAAAUGCGCAAGGCGAGGCCGCAUAUCGAAAGUGGAGCUGCAAAUCGAAGCUGUGCAUGUGCAACAUCUUGUGGCAGCCACACGCUGAGCCAUGUCCAAUGCACAACGACGACAACUUGAUGACGUCAACGCCAGCAGCCAGAACUGCCAAGUGAUUUGAAGAAAUGAGCAUGACAUGCAACAACAACAACAACAAUAACUACACGAAGAAGCGGCAACAAAAUCAAAAACAAUACAAACAAUAACGACAAAAGUAAUUUGAAUUUGGGCGAGCAACAGGAAACAAAACAAAACAAAGAGACAAAGGAAAGAAGAGACAGAGAAUUAGUGUGUGUGAGAGGGAGAGAGAGAGAGAGAGAGAGAGAGAGAGAGAGAGAGAGAGAGAGAAAGAGAGACAAAGCGAGGAAAAUAGAGGGAAAUACAACGCAAUGCAAAUUGUGUGCAUAUUUUGCUUAUAUCUGUGCGUCGCUGCGCGUGUGUGCGUGUCCUUGUGUGUGUGACUGUUUGUUGUCGGUGUGUGCGUGAGCGUGUCCGUGUAAAUAAAUGCUCUAUAAAACGGGACAGGAGGCAACAGCAUCAGCAAAAGAAAUAGCCAGACGAAACGGCAAAAAGUGCAGUUAAGCGUGGAAAUUGCAUUAAAAAUUGAAAAAAAAAAAAAUUGAAGAAAAGUGGAAAAAAGCAAAAGAAUCGUCGCAGCUAACGAGCGCUAAAAAAGAGAGUAGAAUAACGCUUACAAAAAUAGCAACUGCAGAAAGCGAGUAAAAAGUUUUGAUUGAAAAUUUUCAUUGUGCUUUCAUUUGGCUGCGCUGCAGUUGCCAACACAAAUACAACAAUCACUUACAACAACAACAAAACUUGCAACAACAAUAGCCGCGCCGCCAAUUUGUUUGCCACCGACGCGCGAUGCGGUGACUGUGUAAAUUUCUGAUUAAAAGCAAGCAAAAACAAAAAAAAAAGCAAAAAACAAAUCAAUACACAAAGUGAAAUUGCAGCAUGCCCCAAAAGCAGAACAAACGAUUGAGAGUCACAAAAAAAUAAUAUAAAAGAAAUAUUAAUAACAAUCGCUGGUACACACAGGCAGCUCUUGAAUAUUCAUUUCAUGCAAAUCUUAACGUAAGUCCACGUUUGAAUUUAUAGCUUGCAGCACCGUGCGAAAACUGUCAAUUGAAAUACAACAAAUUCAAUUAAAAUAAACCAAAAAAAAAAAAAUCGAAAAAAAACGUUAGGAAAACUGUUGAAAUUGUUAAUUGCUCUGCUCAAUUUUAAUUUUGUGAUGAACGUUGAGGCAUGCGUGCGCGUUAUUUAUUUUGUAUUACUAUUAAACGACAAGAACAAGCAUACGCCGUGUUGCACUAUUGUUAGCAACAAAUAACACAUGUAAGACAACUAAAUUAGCAGCACCCAGACAACAAAAAAAUAGAUAAAAGAAUAUUCGGCAAUCAAAUUCGGUGGCGCCACUGUGAGCUGUUACAAGCCAAAUAUAGUGUAACGGUAAACUGUGUGCCGUGCAAUAAAAGUCAAGUGCCGCACGGAAUUCAACAUUCAGAGACAGCGUGACGGAGGGGCAGCCAGUGCCAGAGAGCGCUUCGCAUUGUGCCAUUGACAAAGUAACGCAUCGCGCGAUAAGAGGCAAGAAGAAGCACCAAACAAGACGCUCGAUAAACGACAAACAAAAUGAGCAACCAGCAGAGGAACAGCAUCAAGGAAGGGAGGAAGAGCAGCGGCGGCAGCGGUAGCAUCAAAGAGCUGAUAGCGCAACUAUUGCUUCUUAUCAGCAUCACAUCAGGCUUGCCGGGAAUGGAGUGCUUUCAACGAUUCUCCGAGCAGCCCAAAUACACGGAGGUUAAUCCACGCGAGGACGCGUUGCUCACAUGCAAAGUAAUCGAUAAGCGCGGCUCGUGCUCCUGGCAAAAGGAUAACAAGCCAGUGGGCAUCUACCCGAAGAAAUACGAAUGGGCCGCACGUCCACUGAGUGGCAAUGGCGCCUUACAACUGGAUCUACAUCCGCCGCCGCCCAUGCAAAUCGGCGGUGACUGCUCCCUGUGGAUACGCUCGGCCACCCUGGACUUUGACGACGGCCUGUGGGAGUGUCAAGUGACGGCCAGUGAUUUUACCGCACAGGACGCGCUGACCAGUCAACCGGUGCGAUUGGUUGUACGUGUGGCGCCACAACGUCCACGUCUGGAGUUUGAGAGUGCACCGCUGCCGCCGGGCCACAACAUCACGGUAGACGCCGGCGCGGUGGCGACUGUGAAAUGCGCCUCACAUUAUGGUAAUCCGCCUGCAACGCUCAAAUGGUAUUUGGGCGACCAGGAAAUCUCGCCCAUACACCCGCAACUGAAUGCCACCGAACCGGACAAUACACGCACCUGGUCAGCCACCUCAGUGGUGCAGGUGUCUGCAAUGCGCGAGCGACACGGCGACAUACUGCGCUGUGUGGCGUUCCAUGAGAACUACGAAGCCAAAUCGGUGCCAGUGGAGGCCCGUCUCGAUGUCAAAUACGCGCCAACCAUUCGUCUAAUUGGCUCACCGGAAAUCGACUUGGAAGAGGAUAAGGAUGCGCUUGUUCUGCGCUGCGUGGCCGAUGCCAAUCCGCCGGCCAGCAUCGUUUGGCGACGUGCCGGACGCUCCGAGAUAGCCAGCUUGCAGGAAACGCUGCAGUUGCGUCCUGUUGGACGUCGCGACGCCGGACUGUACACCUGCCAGGCACAGAACUCGGUGGGCACCUCAGAGCAGCUGUCGGUGCAGUUGGACGUGAAAUAUCCACCGAAAAUUAUUUCAGCCGGGCCGGACCGUCUUACAACAGCGCCGCUCUUCAGUCCCGCCGCGUUCGAGUGCGUCGCCGAUGGUAAUCCCAUGCCAGCCUACAAAUGGGUCCAGAGAAUAUCGCAUGGCUCAAAGUACGUUGAGCGCGGCAAUGAGCCGCGGCUGGUCAUCGAUAAUGUCACCUACGAGUACCAGGGCGAAUACGAGUGCCGGGCCACUAGCUACAUCAAUGGGCAGGAGCGGGUUGCCAUAUCCGAUCCCGUAUCGCUGCAAGUUGUGGGUGCUCCGCAAGUGCUUCGUUUGCAUCCCUCCAUGCACACAGUAUCCGUGAAGCGCGGUGAACCGGCCAGCCUCACGAUGGUCGUCUGCGCCGAUCCGCGACCGCAACGCGUUGCCUGGGAAUGGGGUUCGCUACGUCUGGAGGCCGGUUCGGGUAUAGAUCGCUUUCGUGCUGACGAUAUGCUGACGGAUUCGCGCGAGGAUUGCUACCUCUCUACGUUGCACAUACACCACACUGAUGAACACGACUCACGACCCUACUAUCUUGUGGUGGAGAACGAGCGGGGCACCGAUCGUCAUGCCAUUCAUUUGAUUGUGGAGGGUACGUUUGCAGAACCUUUGGAGAUGAGCUACCUGCUGGGCGUGGCCGGAGGCUGUAUGGCCGCCAUUUUGAUCCUGAUAUGCCUCUGCAUCUACGCCGUCAAGAGCAAAAAAUGUUGCUUCAAGGGUUCCACGGGCUAUAAAUCAUCGGAUAAGGACAGCGAAAAGGCUGAUUUGAAAUCACGCUCGGAUAGCACAAGUGGCCCCCAAGGUGAUUCAAUUUACACAACGCCUGCCGGCUUCCAUCAUCACCAGCAACAACAGCAGCAACAACAACAGCAGCAGCAGCAACAGCAGCAACAACAGGCGGCCGCCGCGGCGGCAGCGGCAUUGCACGCAGCCUCGCAGCAUCCACAGCAACAGUAUCCGGGACAUGGAUCGCCGGAGGCAAUGAAGGUACGCAUGGCUGCAAUGAUAUUACAACCGCCCACUAGGGUCUAGCAGGCAGUUGAUAACGAAAGCAACGAGCUUCAGUAUCAACAACAGCAAGCUCAACAACAAAUACAACAACAUGAACAUGAACAUGAACAUGAACAUGAUAAUAGUAAUGCCAACACUAACACCAACACAAACAACAACAACAACAACAAUAAUAUUAAUCCCACAACGACUGCGACUGCGACUGCAACACUGACCAAUAGUAGUAACAAUAAUACAAUAGAGUUUGCCAAAGCAACGCCCGCUGGCAACAGCAGCAAUACCAGUACGCUAAAUAGUAGCAAAAACAGUAGCAGAAAUAGGGAACUCGAGAACAACAUGGACUGCGAGCUGAAGCCGCAGGCCAGCGGGAAGAUACUCAACUUAAAUGUGACCAGCGAUGAACUAGUAGAUAGUCCGAUCGUAAGGUUAGACCAUAGUUCAACAGCUGGUCAGCUGAGCGCUGAGGAGACUCAGCUGUUGCUGCAGAAGCUGAGCAUCAACAAUCCGUUCUAUCGCUUUCGCAAGCAGAGCAACUCCCUCAGGGAGCUGCGGCGCAUGCGUAAACGCGCGCGUCGCCAGCUGCGUCGCCACAGAUCCGAGGCAGACCUCAUGCCACACCCACAGCAACACCCACACAGUGAAGCCAAAGUUGUAGUUGUAUUAGACAGUAAGCAGUAUUUAACCUUAAGUAGUUCUAGGCAAGGUACGAGUAGCAUUAAGACUAGAUCCGUAAGCAGCCUGACGCCUGACAACUCCACGGUCAUCACAAAUCCGUUCAGCAUCUUUCACGAUGAUGAGAUACUCACCCUGGGCGUUAAUCCUCGUUUGCGCAGCGCUAACAGCGCCACGGCCGCCAUACGUUCAACGCGGCCGCAGCGCAGUGGUAAGGGCCUGCGCCGGCUCUUUGAUAGACAGACAACUCCCACUCCAGCCAGUCAACAAUAUCUGCAAGGUGUGCCCGUGCGCCGCUUUGAGCGGCAGGACUUCAAUCAGGAUUCAAAUCCGACGGGCAAACCAAAGCGCGCGAAGGCUAUCUUCAAACAGCUUUCGCUGCGCAAGCUGCACAAAACAGAGGAACCGUCGGUGCUGCCCAAGCUAAAGCUUAGCUAUCGUUAUCCAAAUCGCACGCAGAGCAUACAGAGCAUGCGCACCGCUGGCAGCGGCGGUUACGAUAUACAGCACACGGCCUACAGGCCACGACUGGUCUCUACGACACCAAAGUCCAACUACUUUGAGCGGCUGCAGGCAAAGACUAGGCUAGGCAUACAAAAGAUACGCGACAAGUGCCGCAACUUCAAAGCAAGCAGCAGCGACGCCAGCAGUACUGGCGGUGGCGGCAGCGAAUUUAGUGGAUUUCACACGCUCGCCAAGGAUGAGAGCUUCCGCUUCAUCAGCGAUCGGGCGCACAUCUCCAGUUACGAAUCUCGAUGCGCUGCCGCCCAUGCCGCCGGCAAACAAGCAACCAUCUACAAGAGCUACAAAUCAGAAAUAGAUCUGAGCAAGAAUCUCCACUACCUAGAACACUAUCUGGAGCAGAACUUCGAGCAGCAGCUGAGCAGCAGCAAGCAAUCCGCUCACUCUGUGGGCCGCAUCAGUGGCGCCCAGCGCCGAGGUUUGGCUACCCCACAGGGCAUAACAGAGACAGAGACGGAGACAGAGGCAGAGACCAAAACGGGCGGGGGCACGCCGCGGCGACGCCACAAGCGUAGCCAGUCGCAGGCCAACAGCCAGACAGUCGGCAGCAUCAGAUGUGGUUCCACGGCUAACUAUGAAAAUCUGGGCACACUGCCAAUUUCGGCACGUGCAGCGGAACACAACAAGGCAGCCCUUCACUCAGACUCGCUGAGCAGUUCGGACUACGCCUCCGUAUUCAGCGGGCCAACGGCUGCGAAACGGGAGACAGCACCGCAGGCUGAGAAUAAAAAUGAUAAUAGAAUGGAUGAGCAGGAUGUGAGACAGCAGCAGGAGUCUGUGCUUAAAUUACGCUACGAGCAUCCGGACAAGAUGUGUGAGUACUACUUUGAUAAUCUGACCAGCUAUGCGCUGGCGCUGGAGGAGAGCGAGGACCUGCUGCUGGCCGAAAGCGCCAAAUCAGCGCGUUUAUUUUACGACGACGAGGACGACGACGAUGAAGAGGAUGUUGAUGUUGAUGUGGAUGAUGCACUGGCCACUAACGAGCCGGAUUUUAUGGCGCGCGACAUUCGAAUUCGCGUCAAAGUCAACGAGUGCGAGGAUGCUGAUUGGUACCAACACCGACAGCAGCAACAGCGGCAGCGGCAGCAGGCAACUUCGUAUAAUGAGAAUCUUGCCGAGAGCACAUUCUAUCAAUCGCUCAAUCAGCAUUUACAGCGACAGGCAAUUGCAGUUGACGACAGGCACAAAUCGGAGACGGCCUCGGCCUCGGUGGCAUCCCUCGGUGGUGAAAGCUACUUGGCCCACUUUGAACGCAGCCGUAGCCGCAGCGAUUUCGAGCGGAUCGAGCGCAACAGCCUGCUGCGUCCAAAUGAAGACCUAGAACAGUUUUACGCCCGCGGCGAAUACUACGGAUUCGGUGGCAGUACUGGCGGUGGCGGCGUCGGCAGCUCGGAGGUCGUGUAUGCAACCAGGCAACGUCGCGCCGACCUCAUGGAGGCGCAUUACUCGCGCAGCUAUCCGACAGCUGCGCUAACAGCAACAACUCCGCUUCAGUUGAUGCCCAGCAGCGAUGCGCUGCUCGACCAAGCAGACGGCAGCGGGCUGGCCAGCUACAAGCGCAGUUGCGCACUGCGCAUUGCUGCAACGACAGCAACAGCUGCAACAACAACAUCAGCUGCAACCACAUUGUCCUCAACUAACAUCAGCGAACUUACUUCGAUGCGACCAACCAGUGAUGUCCUCUAUGCUACCAGCAGCAAGCAGCAGCAGUUUCAGUUGCACACAACCAAACCGGAGCCAGAAAUUGCAACGGACACAACAGCAGCAGUAAUGGCGCCUGCGGCUGCUGCUGGCCUGUCAGCUGGAAAUGCAAACACCAAUACGAGCGCAAAUAAUCGGUACAUGUUGGAGAAUUUGCGCAAAUAUUACGCAAAUCAGCAGCAGCAUCCGCCCGCACACUCUGUCAACUCGUCCUCGCUGUCCAACUCAUCAUCCUCGAACUCGUCCAUGUCGCAGCAGCAAAAGCUGCAUCUACCCACCGCACAGCCGCACAGCUCUAAACAGCAGCAGCAGCAGCUCCAUUUAGGGCCACCGCGUCGCAAUUCGAGCACUUCGAAUGCCUCCUCGACAGCGGAAAACUUUGACAGCUUCAUAGCGCUGCGCAAUGCCACCACUAGCACGCCCACCACAGCGGACUACAUGGCUAAACAGCAACUGCAGCCGCAACGUCGCAGCCACCAUCAGGGCGCAGCAGGCAAGGCGCCGCUAAUCUCGGCGCUAAACUAUUACGGCCAGGGUCUGCCCAGCGGCAGCGGCAGCAACAGCAACGGCGGCAGCGUUCUCACCUACAAUGGCAAAUUAUCUGCCACCGCAAUGUUGUCACAAGUAAAUUUGGCCAGAUCUUCUGCGCUGCAUCAGCAACAUACCACGACACCAGCAACAACAGCAACAACAACGCCAACAGCAUCCGCAUCUGCGUCCGCAACCGAAAGCUUCAUAUUGGAAUAUGAGUGUUAGCGCACGAUUAAAUUACUAUCGAUCCAUUGGGGGCAGCACCUCAUCCUCCGCGUCCUCCGCUCCCUCAGGGUGGCUUACCUGUCGACAGCGAAUCGGGAAUUAUUUCACCCGGCGUUUGUCCGUCCAUCUGUCCUUAUGUCCUCUGUGCCGUGGGUACAUUUUAUGCCAUGCCCUGGAUUUACGUUUGCCGAAAUUACAAUUACAAAUUGUUAACGCAACUGAUUGGAUUAACGCCACCGCGACCACACCCCACACGCCAAGCCGCCUCAUGCUGCAUCCCAAUGGACCAGCUUAAAUGCGUACAUGUGUGUAUCUGAUGCAGAGUCCCCAGGGCUAAUGCUUGGAAUAACUAAUGAGAACACCCGAUAUAUCUCUUGUAAGCACAUAGAAAGCUCAGAUUAACUGAAAUAUCUAUCCUGUGCUGUAAAUGUAAACUAUAUCUAAGGAAUCGUAAGUGUUUAUUUACUGCGGUUGAUAAAUGCAAAAGUACAUGGACUUCAUGGCAUAUACCCGUAUGUAUAGCUAGGUAUACAUUAUCGUAAACUACUGACAAUAAUACCAUUCAAUUACCGAUUACAUUCAUUAGCCAAGUUAAUAGCAUAUAUAAAAAAUGUAUUCGACAUUGAAAGAAAUGCAUAAAUCAAAUUUAUAGUUAUAUCAUCAGAAAAAACAAGCAUUAUUCUCAUACUCUUACUGCUACUACAAUAUACUUAUAUAUACCAAAUUUAUUCUAUAGAAACCGAA